UCUACCCACCCUAAUUUCAUCGCCUCAAUUGUUCAAAAACCUCUUGGGAUUAAUUAUUUGUUAGUCUCCAAGCUCAAGACUUCCUCAAUUUCCCUGUUAAAAGAUCCUGGAAAAUGUUAAACAAAAGAGCUAAAGUACACUCACUGUUGUCCAUGUUUAUGGUUUUAUUAGUACUAAAUUUUAGCUUGUCUCAAGUUGAUGAACUCAAGCUGCUCUUAUCCUUCAAAUCUUCAAUCAAUGAUCCAUCUGGCUUCCUCUCCAACUGGAAUUCCUCUACCCCGUUGUGCCUGUGGCAUGGAAUCACUUGCAACAAAUUUUCCAAGGUAAAGAUAAUUCAACUCACUAACAAAAAUAUUUCUGGGGCAAUUUUAUCUUCAAUCUUUCAUUUGCCUAAGAUUGAGAGUAUCGAUCUUUCGACCAACAAUCUCUUUGGUGAAAUUCCGUAUGACAUGGCUUUUUCUAUGUCACUUCAAUAUCUUAAUCUUAGUCAAAACUAUUUAACUGAUACAGUUCCAAACUGUUCAACUUCAUUGGAAAUAUUGGAUCUUUCAGCUAAUAGCCUUUCAGGGAAAAUUCCACCACAAAUUGGAGUAGAAUGUUCAAAUUUAAAAGAACUUGAUCUUGGUGGCAAUUAUUUGGUAGGGAGAAUUCCAAGCUCCAUAUCAAAUAUCAGCAGUUUGCAAGCCUUGACUCUUGCUGGUAACAAAUUGAUUGGCCAAAUUCCUCGUGAAUUAAGCAAACUGAAGAGCAUGAAGUGGAUUUACUUUGGCUAUAACCACCUUUCUGGCGAAAUUCCGCAAGAACUUGUUGAUUUAGUUUCUUUGAAUCAUCUUGAUCUUGUCUACAACAAUCUCAAUGGACAAAUUCCAUCCUCGCUAGGAAACCUCACCAAUCUUCAAUACCUCUUCCUCUACAGAAACAAGCUCACAGGUUUGCUUCCUCGAUCCAUUUUUGGCCUCAAAAAGCUUGUCGAACUUGAUCUUAGUGAAAAUUAUUUACUUGGUGAGAUCCCAGAACUCAUAAUUGAGUUGCGAAGCUUGCAGGUUCUUCAUCUUUACUCCAACAACUUUAUUGGUAAAAUUCCAAAUGCUUUAGCAUAUUUGCCUUAUAUUCAAGUUGUUAGUUUUUACUCAAAUAGCUUGACUGAAGAAAUUCCUUCUUCGAUCUGCAAUACAAGUUCCAUUGAAGUGCUAGACCUAUUUGAUAACAACUUAAGUGGGAUCAUUCCACCAUGUCUAGGAAACUUCAGCAAAGGUCUUUCAAUCUUAGAUUUGGAGAUGAAUAGCUUUCAUGGAACCAUCCCUGAAACUUUUGGUGAGGACUGUGGGUUGAGGAAUCUCAACUUAAAUGGAAAUAAAUUGGAAGGAUCUUUACCACGAUCUUUGGCCAACUGUAAAAACCUAGAAAUGAUGGAUAUUGGUGACAACAAGUUAAAUGGUGCAUUCCCUUAUUGGCUGGAUACUCUGUCAAAAUUACAAGUUCUUGUUUUACGGUCAAACAAAUUGCGUGGUAUCUUACAAAGUUCCAAAACCAUCCAUCCCUUUCCCAAGUUACGGAUUCUUGACCUUGCUAAUAAUGAAUUCACUGGUCCUAUGCCCAAAGGCAUAAUAAAGAACAUGAAGGCCAUGAUGAAUCUAGGUGAACAGCAUAGUUCUUUGCAAUAUAUGCAAGGAAGAUACUAUAGUUAUCAUGUAAAUUUGACAGUGAAAGGGUUUUACAUUAAACUUCAUAUCUUGACAACAUUCACAAGCAUUGACCUCUCAAACAAUAACUUUCAUGGAGAGAUUCCAAAUGUUAUUGGAAAGCUUAGUUUACUUAGAGGACUCAACCUUUCUCAUAACAGUCUUAGUGGUCAUAUCCCAAUGUCAAUGGGAAAUUUGGCCAAUCUCGAAUGGUUAGACCUCUCUUCAAACCAGCUCACCGGUCAAAUUCCUGAUCAAUUGAAAGAUAUGACAUUUCUUGCUUUCUUAAAUCUUUCGUAUAACCAACUCACAGGACCAAUUCCUCAAGGCAAACAGUUCAAUACAUUUGAAAAUGGCUCAUACGAAGGAAACUUGGCACUAUGCGGUUUGCCAUUGUCAAAGUCUUGCAAAAACGAUGGGAGAAAACAAUCAUCUCCAUCAUUCUUGAAAGAGGCAAAUGACUCAGAGACUGAGAUCAAUUUUGGCUGGAAAGUUGUGUUGAUGGGAUACGGAUGUGGAAUAAUAUUCGGUGUCGUUAUCGGAUAUGUUACUUUUAGAAAUGGUGAACCAAAAUGGUUUGUGACAUUGUAUGGAGUCAAAUAUCAUCGAAAGGGAAGAAGAUGCUCACGGAACUAGUCAAUACAGAUGACUUUCAAAGUUAUUGCAACAUGUGUUCUCUGUACUCUAUUUUAGUUGUUUUCAUGGACAUGUCUUUGUAUUUUGCUAUUAGUACUAGUUAUUACUGUAAUUAAAUAGCCAUGUGCUUCCUCAGCAAAUACAUGGCAGUGAAGUGUGGUUGCUGG